UCAUUUUUCUGACUUCACAAAAAAAAAGCUUUCGCUUUGUUUUUUUUUCUAAUUCACUGACAGAAUCAAAGACCGAGAAUUCAUCCACUCAAGAACCACUCAAGAACAAAUCGAAAUCUCACACUCUAUGAAACCUCGUCCUUCUCGGUCGAUGUUUGCUUCAAUGGAUAUUUGAUUUGCUCUGGGACUAAGUCUGGUGAGGAAGAUUUUACUAUGGAUCCUGAAAGUGUCAUCAUGGUGGCUGAUGGGAGUGAACCUGCUCUUGUAAAUGGUGGUUUAACAAUGGAAAGUGUUGGUAUUGAAGUAAAUGUUUUUGCUUCCGGCGAAACAUUGGAUGCUACUUCAGAAAUUCAGAAUGAGAAUUCAGGAGAUAGUUCCACUUUGGAUGCAAUUGAACACUCCAAAGAGGUUGCAGCUGAGGGUACACAAGUUGAAAAUGUAGAUGAACCAAAGUGUAUUAAAGGCCAAAAGGCUCAACGGAAGCUAAAGAAUGAGAAAAUCUCAGGUGGUAAGAGUGUUCCAUCAUCGGUUCAUAUCAAAAAGAAGAAAGAGAGGAAUGGUGCAGAUGCUAAAGUUGCAGCAUCAAAUGGUUCUGUUGCUCCUAGUGCACACACAACAAAUUCUCUAAAGAGCACGCCAUUAAACGGUAGAGAGGCUCAAGUCACGGAGCAUGGAAAACAAGAAUCUGCACCAGCUGAAAGCGCCACUGGGGACAAGGUUAAAGCGAAGCCUCAGAAGAAACAAGUACAUGAAACAUCUGAAGAUGAUACUCAGUCUUCUUCUAAUAGCCCGCAAGCAGACGAUGGCAAACCUCGCAAAGUUGGUGCACUUCCAAAUUAUGGGUUCAGCUUCAAAUGUGACCAACGUGCUGAAAAGAGAAGAGAGUUCUAUGUUAAGCUCGAGGAAAAGACUCAUGCGAAAGAAGAGGAGAUUAAUAACAUGCAGGCCAAGUCCAAGGAAACACAAGAAGCUGAGCUUAGGAAGCUAAGGAAGAGCUUGAACUUCAAAGCCACACCCAUGCCUAGCUUUUAUCAAGAACCUCAACCUCCUAAAACAGAGUUAAAGAAGAUACCACCAACAAGACCAAAAUCUCCUAAACUCGGGAGAAAAAAGACUGACUCUGAAGAAAGUCAAACUCCUCGCCUCGGUAGACUGAGCCUAGAUGAGAAAGCUUCUAAAGAUAACUCAGCUUCCAAGGGAAUUGUGCCAACAGUUGAUCACAAGAAGCAACCGUUGCGCAAGUCACUUCCAAGAUUGCCAUCUCAGAAAACAGCUCUCCCUGAUGGAAAACCCUAUGCAACAUCAGCAAAGGUGAAACCUGAAAGAAAGAAACCUGAAAAAGAUGCAGAAACUUCACAUCUCACAGAAGAGGAAGCACAAGUGACUGUAUCAUCAUCUAAUGCUAAUGUAGAAGGCUCAGAUGAGAUUGUAUCUUCAAGGAUGGAUGAAGAAAGAGCCGAGUCCAUUGAGGUAUCUGAAGUGGUUGCUGUUGAGCACUAAGAUAUACUAUUACACUCUCAAGACUCAUCUUGCAUUAAUUAAUGAGGAGGACAAGAGGAAAAGAAACCGUAUGAUAUUUAUAUUUAUAUAAUAUCUUGGACCAAAACUUUAUCUGAGAAGAAAUAGGUAAAAAGUGUGAAAGGAAUCAUAUGGGUUUGGUUCUAAAGGUUGCUGCUUUCAAAUACUUCUGUGUUUGAUGGUGAUGUUGCUUUAAGUUGUUUUUUUCAUGUCAAGAUCUUUUUCUUUUUGAUGCUUUGAUUUUAAAAGAUGAAUAUUCAGGAGAUUAUGUGUUCGCUC